AGGGCCGCGUUCUCCUGCCCGGGACGCCGGCAUUCCCAGCGCCCGCCCCUUCUCGGGAAUCUCGGGAAUCUCGGGAUUCCCGGGGGACGGAGGGCGGGCACCAUGCCCAAGUACUGCCGGGCGCCCAACUGCUCCAACACGGCCGGCCAGGUCAGCGCCGACAACCGCCGGAUCAGCUUUUAUAAGUUCCCCUUGCAGGACCCCGCGAGGCUGCAGGAAUGGCUGCAGCAGAUGCGGCAGGAGCAGUGGGUCCCCACCCGGCACCAGCACCUGUGCAGCGAGCACUUCGCCCCAUCCUGCUUCGAGUGGCGCUGGGGCGUCCGCUACCUCAAACCCGACGCCGUCCCCACCAUCUUCCAAGCCUCGGCCGGUGGCACGAAGCGGAAGAGCCCGGGCCGACCGCUGGCGGAGCCAGGGGCAAAGAGGCUGGCGGAAGGGGAGCCCGGCACGAUGGUGAGCGGGCCCCUGGAGGCCCUGGCCAUCGCCAUCGACCCCGGCCUGGCCUCGGCCCCCGUCUACGUGGAGGCCACGGGCGAGCUGGGACUUCAGACCCCGCUGCUGGGCACCGUCAGCCUGGUGCCCCUGGUGCAGCUGGUGGGGGCCGAGCCGCCCGGGGAGCCCGGCGGGGCCGGGCCCGGGGCCCUGGUCAUCGAGAACGUGGCCAUCGAGCCCUUCCCGGAGCCCCUCCCGAUGCCAGCGGCCUCACCCACCCCCAUGGUGGCCUAUUUCGAGACCAUCCCCACGGCCGCCCCCUUGACCCCCGCCCCCGCGCCCCCCCCGGAGACGGUGCUGUCAUCCGCCCUGAGCCUGCCCAUCGUCUCCACCCUCCCCAUCGUCUCCAAUCAGAGGGCCGGGGCCGGGGGCGGGGAGCUGGGCGGGGAGAUAGAGAUGGAGGAGGAGGAGGAGGAGGGUGAUGACCAGGAGGAGGACGAGGAGGAGCGAGGCGACCGCGGGGGGCAGCCGGAGCCCGAACCCGAGGGCCGACUGGAGGCGGAGCACGGCUACCAUAAAGCGGAGCUGAGCGCCGCCCAGCUGGCCGGGGUGGUGGCGGGGCUGCAGCGAAAGGUCAAGGGCCUGCAGCAGCGGCACCGACACCACUGCGCUAAGCUGGAGGCCAUGGAGGGGCUGGUGGAGCAGCUGCGGAAGGAGAACCUCGUGUCCGAGGAGAAGCUGCGGCUGCUGGAGAUGGCCUGCCUCCAGACGGGCGCCGUGGUGCCAGAGGGCGGGGGCACGGUCGCCAUCAUCUGCCAGGAAGACGACCGAGCGCUCGUCUACACGAUGCCGCCCCAACCCGAGGAGCCGGGCCCCUUCAUCCACAUGGAAGAGGAGUGACCGGGGCCGGGGGCCGCCCCCGCCCCUCCACCAUUGCUCAGGGACGGGCGUCCGGCCCCUUCCUCACCUCAGGCUUCGGUGGGGUUGGGAGGGGCGUCCGCCUGGUGGCCUUACUGCUGUGGCACCUUACCGGGGGGGCGGGAGGGAGUCGGGUCAAGGAACGAUUGCCUUAGAUGCUCCCUUUCCUCCUAAAUUGUGCCGCCGUGGCCGGGGGGAGGGGAUCUGCCCCCCAAUCUUCUCCCUCCCUCGCUCUCCUCCGGGUUCGGCCUCGGCACGGGGCGGGAGGGGCGUCGGCCCCGGGGAGGCUUUUCCUUCGGCUUCCACCACCACCCGUGCUGCUGCCGAGGGAGGGGAAGAGGGCACGGGCCCUCGGAGGAUGCUGUGAAGAGCUGCUGGGGGCCGGGACCCCCUCCCCGCCCCCCUCCCCGCCCCCGGCCCUCUCUGAGGUUCCAAUAAAAUGCAGAAAGGAG